UGAUCUGUACCAGUGAUUACUGUACAGCAGCGGCACAAAGCGCACGUGGUCAUAGCAACCAAUGCCGCCUGCGCUCCUGCACUAAGGAUGCCGGUCCGGUAAUCCGGUAUAUGUCACCGGCCGUGUUCCAUUUAUUAGCCUUCACCGACGCGGAAAGCAGAGAAGGGCGCACACGCGGAAGGGGCGGAGCCAGCACAGCACACAAGUCCUCCCACGUGCUAUAUCCGGCUGCCGCGCCAGCGCUGAGUUCUCUCCCUCAUUCACCGCGUGGCCGGAGAGCAGACAUGGCGGAGGACGCGGGUUCAAAGAAAAAGUCCAAGAAGCGCAGGAGUCAGACGCUGGGGGAGAUCGCGGAUAUACAACAUGAAGAAAGCUUUUUGAUACAGCCAGAAUCCAAAGUUGCCCAGUUGGAUACAUCUCAGUGGCCGCUGUUGCUUAAGAACUUUGAUAAGCUAAAUGUUCGGACAACACACUACACUCCCAUACCGUCCGGGUCAAACCCUUUGAAGAGGGACAUCACAGAAUACGUUAAAACAGGUUUUAUUAAUCUGGAUAAACCGGCUAACCCGUCCUCGCAUGAGGUGGUUGCAUGGAUUCGUCGUAUUUUAAGGGUAGAAAAAACUGGCCACAGUGGGACGUUGGAUCCUAAAGUCACUGGUUGUCUUAUAGUAUGCAUUGACCGUGCCACCCGACUUGUGAAGUCACAGCAAAGUGCAGGGAAAGAAUAUGUUGGUAUUGUGCGACUGCACGAUGCAAUAGAGAAUGAACUGCAGCUUUCGCGGACUCUGGAGACCCUCACCGGUGCACUGUUUCAGAGACCGCCAUUAAUAGCUGCUGUAAAGAGGCAACUGCGCGUCAGAACAAUCUAUGAAAGCAAACUCAUAGAAUACGACCCCGAGCGUAGACUGGGUAUAUUUUGGGUGAGCUGUGAAGCUGGUACAUAUAUCCGUACUUUAUGCGUUCACAUGGGUUUGCUGCUUGGGGUUGGUGGCCAGAUGCAGGAGCUUCGCAGGGUUCGUUCAGGUGUCCUAGGAGAGAAGGACAAUCUGGUCACGAUGCAUGACGUUUUGGAUGCUCAGUGGCAUUAUGAUAACAAUAAAGAUGAAAAGUAUCUUCGUAGGGUUGUCUUUCCACUGGAAAAGCUUUUGGUGUCUCAUAAAAGAUUGGUUAUGAAGGACAGUGCAGUGAAUGCUAUAUGUUAUGGGGCAAAGAUCAUGCUUCCCGGUCUUUUGAGAUACGAGGAUGGCAUUGAAAUGAACCAGGAUAUUGUGGUAAUCACAACCAAAGGGGAAGCAAUCUGCAUUGGUACUGCCCUUAUGACUACAGCUGUGAUAUCUACAUGUGACCAUGGAGUUGUGGCAAAAAUUAAACGUGUAAUUAUGGAGAGGGAUACCUAUCCCCGCAAGUGGGGCCUUGGUCCUAAGGCCAGCCAGAAGAAGAUGAUGAUCCAGAAAGGAAUGUUAGACAAGCAUGGAAAGCCCAAUGAGAACACCCCUGCAAGUUGGAGCCAAGGAUAUGUUGAUUACAGUGCGGGACAGAAGAAGGAGAAGGUGAUCAGUACAGAGGUAGAGCCACCAGCGAAGAGGAAGCAUGUAAGCGAGUCAGAUAGUGACACAAGAGCACAAACUUCCACCAAAAAGAGAAAGAAGAAAGGCAGUGACGGUGAAGAACCAGAUGCAGACACAUCUGUAAAGAUUACCGGUAAAUCGGAGACUGGUAGUGACGGUGAGAGUGCCUUAAAACCAAAGAAAAAGAAGAAAAAGAAACAGGAGGAAGAAGUGACUGUGACGGAGUCUCCUGAGUUGACAAAAAGCGCGAAGAAGAAGAAAAAGAAACACAAAGAAGAUCUUUCUGAAUAAACAUAUCCAUGCCUACUAUUCAGUAGUGAACUGUCCAGGCUUCUUGGCUACGACUACUGAGCUAUGUCCUGUUUUAAGGAUUGUAUAGACUUUUUACAAUGCGACCCUUUUGUACAUGAGUUGAUCAAUUUCAUCGCCAUUAUUUUAGGUUAGUCCCAAACAUUUGGACUAUUCCUAUGGAUCUUGUGUUUGGGAAAAGAUUUGGUUAAACCCAGAAUUUUUUCCCAAUAAACAUUCUUUGAGUACUA